ACAAAGCUGGUGCUGGGCCUGCCUCGUAAUCUAACAGAAUUUUAAAUCAAAAUUUCUGCUCUGGCCGGUUUAUUCAUCAUCUUAAUGUCAUCUACUGCUGCAUGCAUCUGUACUCGUUUAAGUAUGAUUUUUACUUCGAUCUUUUCACAGCCCAUUUUCCACUCCAAAUAAAAUGCGCAGAUCCUUAAUCUUCGUUAUCCAAAUAAUCCCAAACCCUAAUUUUAUUUUACGUAUUGUAAUCUAUUUUUUCUUGAUUACCACCAUGAAUAUAGUGCCUUGUUCUUCGUGUAAUGAUUUAGGUCAUGUGAAAUCAUCAAUUCCAUUAAUUUCCUUCUUAGAAAAAGUACAAGAAACAGCCCUUGAUACUUUUGGUAGUGUCAAUUUUGAUCCUAAACUAUACAUAGACAUGUCAUUGAAAUUCAAUUUAUCAAAGACUGAAAAAGAAUUUGAUAGUCUGAAAAGAUUAAAAAGUGGUAAAGUUUCUGUUAAAGAUCUUUCAGGGUUUAUUAAGAUGUAUUUGAAUGAAGCAGGGAGCGAUCUUGUUUAUCAUGAGCCUACUGAUUUUGAAUAUGAACCAAGUGGAUUUUUGCCAAAAGUUGAGAAUUUGAAAGUUAGAAAGUGGGCAUUGGAAAUUCAUUCUUUAUGGAAGAAUUUGAGUAGGAAAGUUGAUGACAAAGUUAUUGAGAAUCCAGAUUUAUAUACACUUCUACCAUUGAAGUAUCCAAUGGUGAUUCCUGGUUCAAGAUUCAGAGAAGUUUAUUACUGGGAUUCUUAUUGGGUCAUAAGGGGUUUGUUAGCAAGCAAAAUGUAUGAAAGUGCAAAAUCAAUCGUGUACAAUCUUAUUUCCCUUGUAGAUGAGUAUGGAUUUGUCUUAAAUGGUGCCAGAGCAUAUUACAGUAAUCGAAGCCAACCUCCACUCUUGAGCUCAAUGGUAUCUGAGAUAUACAAUAGAACUAAUGACAUGUCUUUUGUAAAAAAAUCCUUACCUGCGCUACUCAAAGAACAUAAAUUUUGGAAUUCAGGUGUACAUAAGGUAAAAAUACAAGAUUCUAAAGGAUGCAUUCAUAGUCUAAGUCGUUAUUAUGCAAUGUGGAAUAAACCUAGACCGGAGUCCUUUACAAUUGAUAAGGAAUCUGCUUUGAAGCUUUUGAAUGACCGUGAUAAGCAACAUUUCUAUCGAGAACUAGCUUCAACGGCUGAAUCUGGAUGGGAUUUCAGUACGAGAUGGAUGAGAAAUCAAUCAGAUCUUACAACCUUAGCUACAACUUAUAUAUUACCGGUGGAUUUGAAUACAUAUAUACUUAAGAUGGAGCUUGACAUAGCUUUCAUGGCAAAAACCAUUGGAGAUAGCUUAACUGCAGAACACUUUUUGGAAGCUUCUGAAGCAAGACGAACGGCGAUAAACUCAAUCUUUUGGAAUACUGAAAAGGGACAGUGGUUUGACUACUGGCUUUCGAAUAACUGUGAGGAAGUUCACCAGUGGGAAGCUCAAGGCGAGAAUCAAAUUAGUUUUGCAUCAAAUUUCGUUCCUAUAUGGAUUGAGUUAUUUAACUCUGAUGAUUCCACUGUGAAGAAAGUUGUGAAAGGCUUUCAAAGUUCGGGACUACUUUGUGCUGCUGGAAUCGCAACCACCCUAUCACAUUCAAGUGAACAAUGGGAUUUUCCAAAUGGUUGGGCUCCACUGCAACACGUGAUUGUUGAAGGUCUAGCAAGGUCUAGUUUGAUAGAAGCGAGGUCUAUGGCCGAGGACAUUGCAAUCAGAUGGAUAAGAACAAACUAUGAAACUUACAAGGAAACAGGAACAAUGCACGAAAAGUAUGACGUUGAAGCUUGUGGGAAGUUUGGAGGAGGGGGUGAAUACGUGCCUCAGACAGGUUUUGGCUGGUCGAACGGAGUUGUUUUAGCAUUUCUGGAGGAAUUUGGAUGGCCACAAGAUCUAGAAAUAGGUUGUUAACUAUAUUGUUUAAAUAUUUCUUAAAAUUAUGCAUCAUUAGCAAAAAAGAAAGAAAAAAAACUUAUAAAAUAUAAUGCGUACAAUUUUAAAAUUUCAGUAAGGAAAUCAGAGGUUUGAUUAUCUACUAUGUUUAGAUUGAAGGUAAUCUCUUCAUGUCUUACA